AUGGAUGAAGAAAAGCCCGACCGUGCGGCCAUUGAGCGAGCCCAGCAAGUCCUAUACGACGAGGGAAGCAAACUUCGAGAGAAGGUGUUUGGCCACCAAUAUAUUUCGAAGUCCAAAUCCCUUCCUGAAUUUCUACAGCCAGUGCAAACAAUGGCAAUUACCGCAGGGUGGUCCUUAGUCUGGUCAAGACCGGGCCUAGAACUCAAGACUAGGUCGCUACUCUGCCUAGCGAUGUUAGCAAUGCUUGGACGCGACAAUGAGCUCGCGGCUCACGUUCGAGGCGCCAUAUCCAACGGCUGCACGGAAAAGGAAAUCCAGGAAGUUUUCCUUCAGGUCGGAGUAUAUGGUGGAGUUCCGAACGCAGUGAACGCUACCCGGAUCGCAUCGGAAGUAUUGCAGGAUAAUAAUAAAAAUAUUCCCAAUGAUAGAACAUCGUUAUAG